GAGCCUGAGCUCACAGCUUCUUUUCUUCCUGACAGACACUUGGACAAGUCGGAAGCACUUCUCUAUUAUAACCCAGACAAGCAGCGGCUCUGAAAUGAGGACCUGUAGACCCACGGCACUCCUCUCCUUCAUCGGUGUUGUGCUGAUCUGGCCACAUGUGCUUACCAAGAGUGUUUCUCACAGUCUACAAACCCCUAAGAGUCCCUCUCUAACUGCAGGUCAGGAAGAGGAGCACCCUUUUAUGACCAAGCACUCAAUUGCAAACUGCGAAAGCAAGUUUGACAACUACUGCAUGAACAACGGCAAGUGCAUUCUGCUGGUGGAACUCAAAGAACACCACUGCAAGUGUGAGAGGGGCUUUUAUGGCAACAGGUGUGGCACUCCGGAAUUUGUUUUGCAGCCAUUGGAUGAAGCGCAAGUGGUGGUCAUCUUGUUCUGUGUGACUUUAAUGAUGAUUGGGCUUGGCGGGACCCUGUACAUCUUCUACAAGUGGUACAAGAGGAGCAAAUUUCAGAAGCAGCCAAAGCGGAAGGGAGUCCAGAUGGUUUAAAGUGUGCAAACAAACCACUGCAGUGGCUGUUCCUGGGCUUUAUUUUGUUAUGUUUUCUUGAUGGAAAAGUUGACCGUAAAAAGAUGUUCCCAGACAAGUCUACACUUAAAAGCCUCACCGUGUUUAUCAGACAGACGCAUCAUCCCAUCGAGAUUAUAAUAUUCAAAAGAGAGCAGCUCUUUGUGUGGGGGCAAUAGUUUUCCAGCUGUACUGGUUCUUAGGUUUCGGCACCUGUUACACUCAGUUUGAAAAGAUGAAUAGUGAGACAAACAAAGCAGUUUCCAGUGGAAGACACCACCUACACAAGUCCAGAGAUUUGACACAAAAAGACCAAAUGGCUAAACUGUAUGAAACUGUAAAACUACUAAGUUAAAGUAGAAAAUCUAAUAGAUAUAGUCUUGUUUAUUUUCUUCUACGAAUAAAGACAGUUCAUAUUUAUUUGUAGCUUUCAUUACACUUAUAUUUAUUAAGUCAUUUGUUACUUGGGGCUUUAGUUUAGUUACAUUUUUUAACUUAUUUUAAAGUUUUAAUAUAUAUAUACCGGUAGGCAUGAAUACCAGUUUUUAAAGGUUAUUUUUUUGUAGUAAAGUAAUAAGAAGUACAACUUGACCUUUC